AUGAAGCAGUGAAGUUAGAUUCCCGGUGCCUUUAGGGCGCAGUUUACGGGGAUGUUAAAUUUACAGGAAUAAUAUAGAUUUUUCUCAGUUCUUUUCUUUGGCUUUUCAGUUCAGUUGUGCUUUAAUGAAUAUAUAUGUCUGAGUUCGUUUUAGAUAUAGACUCUCUAUCCCGAGAUGCAGGUAUGAACAGAUGGGACAUCCAGACUCACAAAUAACCAACUUUGGUCAGCUGGCUGACGUGGAUUUUCAGUUACAGACAAAUCUGCACACAUGUAUGUAACCGCUUUAUUACCUUAUAAAUAGUCUAUAUGGUUUACAAACUAUGCCAGCACUGUUGAUGUAGGCUUAUAAUGGAAUAAUAUGUAUUUGCCGUAAGAUUUCUUGCGUGAGUGUCACGCCAGAUGCGUGAGAGCUGACAGCCCUGGCUCGGUUGUCGAAGAUUAAAGGACCGCAUCUUGCCUGCAUAGGUGUAAUAAGCCUACAUAAAUAUAACAGUACAGCAUUAACGAUGCAUUUGAUCAUAACUAUAAUAUUUCGAAUCUUAAUAGUAGGGCAAGUAACCAUUUCAGGCAUUCAUAAUUAAAAUAUAAGCAUGUUAGGAAGAUUUUUCCAAAGGACACCAAGUAAAAGUCUGUUUCGUUCUGAUGCUGCCUCUCGCUGACUUUCUCUGUCUUUUGAUGGCACGAUCUGAAAAUGACUGCCUAGGAUGGCUUUGGAUGCCUCACACGCGACCUUCGAACCGUUAUGGCAUUUAGCCGGCUCUGGUCGGACACCUUGCCGAGGAGCGUCUCCAAGAAGUUCGUGGCCAUGCUCUGCACCCUGUUCACUUUACUGUACUUCAUGCACUGCCUCACGGACCGCUGCAGCACGGCGCCAGCUCCGGAGAGAGCAUCUGGCCAAGCCGCGCAGGACUGGCGGGCGCCGAGGAAUAAAAUGCUGCUCCAGAAAUGGAUCGCGACGGGCUUUGCGGACGACGCUCCGCUGUUCGGCGGAGAAUCCGAACAGAGGUCCCACCUGAGCUCCUCCAACCCAACAUCAGCAGUUUGGAGUGGGAGUGCAGGUAAACUCAGUCCGCUGAGCGACGGGACCAAAAAGCUGCCCCAGGCGAUCAUCAUCGGGGUGAAGAAGGGAGGCACGCGGGCGCUGCUGGAGUUUCUGCGGGUGCAUCCCGACAUCAGGGCGGUGGGAGCGGAGCCGCAUUUCUUCGACCGGCACUACGACAGGGGACUCGACUGGUACAGAGAGCUGAUGCCCAGGACCCUGGAGGGCCAGAUCACCAUGGAGAAGACGCCCAGCUACUUCGUGACGCGGGAGGCUCCGGCCCGCAUCUACGCCAUGUCCCGGGACACCAAGCUGAUCGUGGUGGUGCGGGACCCCGUCACCCGAGCCGUGUCCGACUACACGCAGACGCUGUCCAAGAAGCCCGACAUCCCCACCUUUGAGAGCCUGACCUUCCGGAACCGCAGCGUGGGCCUCAUCGACACCUCGUGGAGCGCCGUGCAGAUCGGCAUCUAUGCCAAGCACCUGGACAACUGGCUGCGCUUCUUCCCGUUGCGGCAGAUGCUGUUCGUGAGCGGCGAGCGGCUGAUCAGCGACCCCGCCGGCGAGCUGGCCCGCGUGCAGGACUUCCUGGGCCUCAAGCGCAUCGUCACCGAUAAGCACUUCUACUUCAACCAGACCAAGGGCUUCCCCUGCCUGAAGAAGGCCGAGGGCAGCAGCAAGCCGCACUGCCUGGGCAAGACCAAGGGCCGGACCCACCCUGGCAUCCAGCCACAAGUGCUGCAGAGGCUCCGGCAGUUUUACCGCCCCUUCAACAUGAAGUUCUACCAGAUGACUGGCCACAACUUUGGCUGGGAGGCGUGAGCGGGCUGACUG